AUGGAACGACAGUAUCGGGUAAUUAUCAUUGGAGCUGUCGAAGCCCAAGAUCGAAUCGGUGGACGUUGUCAAACCAUUCCUUUGUUGGAACAACAUGUCGAAUUGGGUGUGGAAUUGUUACACGGCGAUGGAACAAAUAAUCCAUUGUAUCAAUUAGCGGAAGAAAAUCACCUACUCGAUAUUGAUGAUAGAGGAUCGGACCGAGACGAUUGUUAUCAUGACGAAGACGCUGAAUCGAUCGACGAGGAUGUUGUCGAUGAAGUACGCAAAGUUUAUGAUGAAAUCCUGGAAAAGAAAGUGCCGACGUACCCUUACGAAAAUUACCCGGACUUAUCUUUGGGAGAAUUUAUCUGGGCAGAAUUCGAUCAAUACAUGACAUUCAAAAAGUCCAUUUUAGAAAAAGAGGAAUUAGACGAAAGACAGAAAGUUAUCAACUGGCUUCAUAAACAGCACCCGUGCUUGAAUAUGAUCGGUUCCAAUAGAUUGACCGAUGUGUCUGUUCAAGAUGUCCGUUGGAAUUCUCUGGAAUGCCUACCUAAAGACGAUGAACAUCAUGACGCCACAGUUUAUCUUCAGAAUGGCUUUUUAAAUUUCCUACAUAAAGUUUUCGUUCGUCAAAUGGACGAAGAUCAAAUUCAAUUCAACACUGCUGUUCAGUGUAUCUCUGUUCACGAAGAAGAGCAGUAUGUCGACAUUGAAGUAUUACGUCAUAAUCAACAAGUCGAAACUUAUCGAGCCAAGCACGUUAUUUGUACACAAUCAGUUGGCUGUUUGAAACAAAACAUGCAGGAAUUGUUUGUUCCACCGUUACCACAAUCGAAAAGAAUGUGCAUACAAAAAUUAGGUUUCGGUACUAUUAAUAAAAUCCAUCUCGUUUAUUCCCAACCAUUUUGGGAUGCCGAUUUUGAUGGAUUUCAUUUCCUAUGGGAUAUCAAUGGAUCGAACAAUGAGUGGGAAUUGGAAUCUUUGUUAGACACACCGUUCGAUAAUCAAUGGUGUAAAAGUAUAACUGGCUUUUAUGUUCAUCAUCGAUUGCCAAACGUUUUAACCACUCAAAUAAGUGGUGAAGCAGCAAAAUUUAUCGAAACUAUACCCGAUGAUUUACUAGCUGUUGCUUUACAAGAACUUCUUGGUCAUUUCUAUCCCGAUAAUCCAAGUCCUCUACCAGAACAACUGAUCCGAUCGCAAUGGUUUAACGACCCAUUUGCUCGCGGCUCGCAUACGUUCAUCAAAUUAGGCUCGAGUAUACAUGAUAUCAAACAAUUAGCUAUGCCAUGGCCGAACAAACCUGCUAAACCACUCGUUCUUUUUGCUGGCGAAGGGACACAUGACAGAUUUUAUGGCACAGCACAUGGUGCUUAUCUGACUGGUGUACGUGAAGCACAACGUCUUGUUCAAUUGUAUAAAACUUAA